AUGUCCAACUGGAGCAGCCUCGUUGUCACCGUUUCUUUCCAUGCUUUUGUUCAGGCAUCCUUCGUCAAGAUGGUGGCUUCUCGUCUUUCCUGCAUGCUCGCGUCGGGGGCGGCGUCGAGAAACCUGGUCCCCAAGAGCCUCUCCUUGGGGUGGUACCCGUCGGCCAAGAAAUCCUUCUCGUCUCUCUCUGUGCUCUCGUCCGCCUCUUCCGCGUCUUCUUCGAGCUCUCUCUCGUCUCUGCUGUGUUCCUCUUCUCUUUCUCCACGAGCGCUCGCAGGGACACAGUCUGCCAGCGCAUGCACAGCGAAGCGCACGUACUUGCACUUUGGCCGAACGAUGCCCGAAGACUUCGAACUCCCUUCCGACACCAUGCCGAAAAACGUCGCGGAACUGAUGAGCAAAAACCCCAAAGAUCUCGACUUCUUUGAAAACUACUGGUACUGGAAACUCAGGGGCGAGGCUGUCAUCCUCGACCCUGCCACGCUCCCGCAAAAAAGCUACAAACAACUUGCUAGAGACAUGGGCAUGCAGAUUGUGACUGAGGAAACCGAGCACAUGGUUGGCCUGCUGGAGCUGUACGAACAUUUGCGCGCUGCUGCGUUCGUCGGACCUUUCGGCACUAUCGAGAAGCCUGUUUUGUGCCCCUCGGUGACGACCGAUCGGAUCGUCGGCUGCACAGGAGGAACUGGCGAGAAAGAGCAUGUGCCUCUCUGGUUCCGCUGCCGCGAGGGCUUUCUGUACCGCUGCGGCGAGUGCGAUCAAAUCUUCAUGCUCGUUCGAGUCUUCUACUCUCUCCCCGAUGGCAAAGAUCCGUUCCCCGUUGACCCGGACGUCGAGGACGUCUUCGACAUAAAGCUCCUUGAGAAGGGCCAGAAAAUGUGGAACUGCAACGAGUACGUGCGGUGGCCAGCAGGUCACCAAGCCUACUCAGAACUCUUCCUGGAAGGCAAGUGGGGCAACGAGAUUCCCCGGCGUCUUGCUCAGGAGAUGAGGGAAAUCGAGGCUGCUUGA